AGGUUUCCGAGUCGGCACCGCCCCCGCCUCCUGUCUUUUUAUUGACGUGCCCUCCUCUCCCUGCUGCGGGCCACCUCCUCGUCCUCCUCCUCCUCCUCCUCGUCGUCGAGAGAGAGAGAGAGACACCUGAGAGAUGGCGCGCGCCUCCAAUGCCAAGAAGCGCCACGGCAAGCCCACCUCCCCGCCCUCAGGCUCAGAUCCCCCCCUCAACCACAACACCAACAACAAGACAGCCUCCGCCGGGAACCACCCAAAGGACCGCCCCGUGCGCGUCUACGCCGACGGCAUCUUCGAUCUCUUCCACUUCGGCCACGCCCGCGCCCUCGAGCAGGCCAAGAAGCUAUUCCCCAACACCUAUCUGCUCGUCGGAUGCUGCAACGACGACCUCACCAACCGCUACAAGGGCAAGACCGUCAUGACAGAGGACGAGCGAUACGAGUCCCUGCGACACUGCAAGUGGGUCGAUGAGGUCAUUCCUGAUGCUCCGUGGGUGCUCACUCAAGAGUUCAUUGAUAAGCAUCAGAUUGACUAUGUUGCCCAUGACGCUCUACCUUACGCAGAUACUAGCGGAGCUGCAAAUGACGUCUAUGAAUUUGUCAAAAAGAUUGGAAAAUUCAAGGAAACAAAAAGGACUGAUGGGGUAUCUACUUCAGACCUCAUAAUGAGGAUUUUGAAGGACUACAAUCAGUAUGUGAUGAGGAAUUUAGCACGGGGAUACUCAAGGAAGGAUUUAGGCGUGAGCUAUGUUAAGGAGAAACAACUGCAAGUCAAUAUGAAGAUAAAUAAACUACGAGAGACUGUGAAGGCGCAUCAAGAAAAGUUGCAAACAGUGGCAAAGACAGCUGGGAUAAAUCAUGACGAAUGGCUUGCCAAUGCGGAUCGCUGGGUUGCUGGCUUCCUUGAGAAGUUUGAGCAACACUGCCACAACAUGGAAACCGCCAUCAAGGACCGGAUACAAGAGAAGCUGCGGAGGCAGCUGAGCAAAGGAAUAGGUGAUGCUGGUCUUGUGCAGCAACCGGUGGCAGCCUAAUGUAAGUUUCGGUGCUGUGGUCAUGUCAGUGCGUGAAAUGGACCGAUGCCUGCUCGUCCUGUACUGGUGGUGUGAGGAUUACUAGUUGGUUAUAUGAGUGUAGUGCAUGGAAUGCGAUUCUUGUACGAGUGCAACCGCAGCUGAGGCGUUUUUUGCUUUGUGAUGCAAGGGAAUUUUUCCGUUUACAAAUGUCUAUAGUAGAGGCGUUUGGUUGUUCUGGGCAUGGUGUCAUGGUCCUGUUGUCACAGUUUACCCUUGACUCCUUGAGAGUUACUACUAUCUUUGUAAGCCUUGUAGGGGUUAGAUUUACCUUUUUUGUAUCGAGAUUGAUGUUCAUUCGUUGCUAUAUGUGGUUGUAUUCCCUAAUGGGACACACAGCAGCACAGUCCAUGUGUGGCAAAUGCACAGCAUAUAUGGUUGUACUUGUUUGGUGUACCGAUUA